AUGAGCAGUGAUUCUUUCUUAUCCAGUGCCUUCUCUCGUCAGGCGAUCGUCACCGCUGCCGGGCUCGCCGCCGCUGCAUUCAUCGGAUACUGUGUUUAUUUUGACCGCAAAAGACGCAGUGCACCGGACUACAAGAAAAAAUUGAGGGAACAGCGUCGGGCAGCUUCUCUGAAGAAACAACCAAAAACACUGCCGAAUCCUCAUAAUCCUGCCGAAGUCCAGGCUUAUUUCUUGCAAGAAGUGCAGUUAGGCGAGGAACUAAUCGGCGAAGGACAUGUCGACAGAGGCGUAGAACAUUUGUGUAAUGCGAUUGUAUUGUGCGGGCAGCCAUCGCAAUUGUUACAAAUCUUCCAGCAAACAUUACCAAACGACCAUUUUGCCCUUCUCGUACAAAAGUUACCGGAAGCAAAGAUGCGCCUGAUGCGGAUGUUUGGUGAUCAGCUGGAGCAAGCUGGGUCUUCACGUAGCGGGCCUGAAACAAGCGAUGGCCCGUCAACAGCCAUGAUUGAAAUCAGUGAUGAUCUCGAUCUUGCGUAA